GUCCGUGCUCUCUGGUUAAAUCCAGUGCCAUCGCGCUUCUUGUGAGUCCCAGCGAGAGAAUGCGAAGGGGAGAGGCAGGACCAAAGUUGAGGCGAAUCCAGUGGCAUGCCGAUGGGUCUCCAGGUAUGUGACCUCAGAGGAGCUUGAAUGAGAAUGUAAUACCAAGAUAAGUCGACUUUCAAUUCAACUGACUCUUUCCUGCAAGAUCCUUUGCCGCAAUGGGGGAAUUAAGAAGGGAAUAAGGUAAGAAGGUCCUCAGGGUUUGGGGGUAAGCGCACGGUCUAGUUUGGACUCAUCAAUAGCAGUGCUAGGAGGGGCAGGAGAGAGGGCCAAUGAAAUGGUUUUGGUUGGGGUGUGGGGCAUCCUGGAUAGCUUUCAGGGUGAGAAGAUCUUAGAACUAUGUCUUCGUUAAGCUCUUUAUGUUUACAGUAUAAGAUUUAAGUUUUCAUAGAGGAAACAAAAUGGGGCCAAGGUAGGACAUAGUUUUUAUUUUGUAUCUUUGAAGAGGUCCUUAGUAUAUAUUAUGUGGCAUCUUUCCUGCUUAACUGUAGAGGCCUAUUUUAGGAAACAGAAAUGUUCCUAACUUUUUUGUUUCUAUCUCCAGCUGGCAAGAAUGAGUCAGACAUUUCCAAGCAAGAUUGUUUUUUUUUCCCUUUUUGUUUACUUUAUCCAGACUCUAGCCAAAAAGAUUCAUCUCGAGGAAUUAUAUUCUUGGAGAUGUUGGGAAAAGAUUCCUGGGUCUUGGAAGAUAAUUACUAGAAAUAUGCAGGGGAGGUAGUAUAUCUUUCUUUUUUUAAUGUAUUAAGUAUUCCUGGAACAAAAGCAGUGAAUUGGAAGGGGAGGAUUGUCCAAGUAAAAAAUGGAUUUAUAAAGCCUUGAGUGAAAUCUAAUUUUCUGUUUUAUGGUAUAGAAUCUCAUUAAUUGGUUACUUGGGGGAAAAAAUAGUAACAGCUAAUGCUUAUUGAGUGGUUACAUGUAAGACAUUGUACUAAGUGUAUUAUACAUACAGUUUUUUGUUUUUGUUUUAAACACUUAUUUCUCUCAACAACCCUAUGAAAGUAAAUAGACUUUUUGCCUUCUAGGAUUGGUAUCAUUCUUAUUGAAUACCUACCUUUUUGUCAGAUUUUUAGCUAGUUUUACAUUUAUUUGUCAUCUUGAUAUAAUAAAAUGUAUUUCUAGUGACUGACAUAUUCUUGCUGAAUUUUUCAUCCUUUUAAUUCUCUGGGGUUUUUUCUGCUUCAGAAAGCCUUGGGGUCUUGAAAUUAUUGGUGAUUAAAUAUAAAGACAGUUCUGAACCUGGUCCUUUCCCAAGAAUUUUAGACCUUUAGAGCUAAUUUAUAAGUUGUGCGUUUUAGUUUUUGGAUAUGGAUUGUGACCUUCUGUGUUAGUUGUUUAUUGCUGUGUAACAAAUUACUCAAUAUUUGGCAGUUUAAAACAACAAACACUUACGGAACAUUGGGGAGAGGAGGUAGAAGAGAGACAGCAGCUUCCAAACUGUCUCAUUUGGCAAGCCUGUGUUCCCUGAUGGCUGUUGGCUAAGGGCUUCAGUUCUUCUUCAUCAUGUGAACCUCUCCAUGGGCUGCCUGAGUGUCUUUACCGCAUGAUAGCUGGCUUUCGGACACUCGUCCAAGAGAGAAAAGCCAAGAUAGAAGGUUGUCUUUCAAUAGUCUUGAAAGUGACAAAACACCAACAGGACCCUAUCCUGUUGGUCCUGGUAUGGUAUAGAUGGGCACUAUACAAAGGUGUGACUGCUAAGAGGUGUAGGAUCAUUGGAGACCAUCUUGGAGGUUGACUGCCACACUUUAGUUAAAUACUUUUUUUAAAAAACUGUUUCAGUUUAUUAAAUCAAGAGAUUUAAUCUUUGACCCUCAAGUCAGAUGAAGUAUGAGAGCAUAUGAUCCAAAUGAGUGCUCUCUUUGCUAUGGUGCAUGGUUUCUUUCUCGCCUAUGUAUAUAUAAACUACUUAAGUGGUGCUACAUUCAUUUUGGAAAAUUUCUAAGGAGUUUAUAAGAAAGUUCAGGGCUACCCUGAUGGUGCAGUGGUUGUGAGUCCGCCUGCCGAUGCAGGGGACACGGGUUCAUGCCCCGGUCCGGGAAGAUCCCACAUGCCGCAGAGCGGCUAGGCCUGUGAGCCAUGGCCUCUGAGCCUGCGUGUCCGGAGCCAAAGAAGAAAAGAAAGUUCAGUUUAUAGUCAGAAUCUUCUGCCUUCAUUAAAUAUUGUUUUUCUCGGACCCAUUUCCCCUCUCCCAAUUCCUCCUAGGUGGAGGCGGUUAGAGAAGCUGGUGGCACUAGACUAUAGAUAGAAAUUGUGUGUCCCCUUCCUCUAUUAUUUUGCUUGGGGUUCAGAUUGACUUGGAGGAGUUGACAAACCCUUAAUGUUUAGAGUUUUUCAAGGAAUGUAGUCCAGUUACUUAUAGGCAGUUACACAAAUAUUUGACAUAGGAUGGAGUAAAGAUAGAAAUAUGCAGCAGCAGACUUAGAGCAGUUUGCCCUUUUCCCCAAAAGCUUGAUUUUUAUCCAAUAGGGUGAGUAUACUUUCUUUUCUUUCUGCUACUUUCUCCCCCACCAUGGGCUCUGUCCCUCUUAGUGAGCAAAACAGACUUUGUCAAGAAGUCAGAAUGUUCCAAAUUGGCAGAAUUCUAAUUAGUUCCUGAGAUUUGUAAUCUUUUGAGUCUUUUCCCAUUAUUACUGCUUAAAAGUUCUUUGUUAACAGAGACGACUUUCCCCCUUUUCCUUUAAAGCUUUAGUGCUUCUGAUCAUUGGAAACCUUGUCUGAUAACAAAAACAUUACAUAUAAAGCAAGGCAUAACCAGUUUGGGAAUGUAUUAAGGUAUAGUUACCCUUCCCAUAUCAGGCUUGAUCUUGAGAAGACGACACCUCCAAGUUAGCAUAAGGUAACCUGUGCAAAGUAGGUUGAUAUGCUUGAAAUUAUCUUUGUUAUGGGUUUUUUCCAAUCAUAGUAAAAUUGGAGGUCUUAUCUGUUAUAUGUGAGAGAAUUUAAAACUAUAGAAAUGUGCAUUUAUUACGUAUUUUUUAAAAGGAGCUAAGCAAUAAAAACUUUAAGGCUAGAGCUUAAGUUGAAAAUAAGAAGAAAGUAUAAAUGUCCAAUGAUUAAACUUUUCCACUGCUGUUCACAUCAUGAUUUGUUGUGAUUAAUGUAUGUGGAUGAGGACAUAAUGAAAAAAAAUCAUGAGGCUUAUAGAUAAAAUGUGGUUUUUGUACAUUGACUUGCCUGUAAAUGUUUUUCAUUUUAGGAAUAAAAUUGAAGGGUGUUUUUCUUAGAGAACACCAUUUGUCCUAUUUAUCAGGAAUUCGAAGACUUCUAUAAGCAGGAUGAAGUUAAAGGAAAUAGAUCGUACAGCCAUGCAGGCAUGGAGCCCUGCCCAGAAUCAUCCCAUUUACCUAGCUACAGGAACAUCUGCUCAACAAUUGGAUGCAACAUUUAGUACCAGUGCUUCUCUUGAGAUAUUUGAAUUAGACCUUUCUGAUCCAUCCUUGGAUAUGAAAUCUUGUGCCACUUUCUCUUCUUCUCACAGGUACCACAAGUUGAUUUGGGGGCCUCAUAAGAUGGAUUUCAAAGGAGAUGUCUCUGGAGUUCUGAUUGCAGGUGGUGAAAAUGGAAAUAUUAUUCUUUAUGAUCCUUCUAAAAUUAUAGCUGGUGAUAAGGAAGUUGUGAUUGCCCAGAAUGACAAACAUACUGGCCCAGUGAGAGCCUUGGAUGUGAACAUUUUCCAGACUAAUCUGGUGGCCUCUGGUGCUAAUGAAUCUGAAAUCUACAUUUGGGAUUUAAACAAUUUUGCAACUCCAAUGACACCAGGAGCCAAAACGCAGCCCCCAGAAGAUAUCAGCUGCAUUGCAUGGAACAGACAAGUUCAGCAUAUUUUGGCAUCAGCCAAUCCCAGUGGCCGGGCCACUGUGUGGGAUCUUAGAAAAAAUGAACCCAUCAUCAAAGUCAGUGAUCAUAGUAACAGGAUGCAUUGCUCUGGGUUGGCGUGGCAUCCUGAUGUUGCUACUCAGAUGGUCCUUGCCUCUGAGGAUGACAGGUUACCAGUGAUCCAGAUGUGGGAUCUUCGCUUUGCCUCCUCUCCACUCCGUGUCCUGGAAAACCAUGCCAGGGGGAUUUUGGCAAUUGCUUGGAGCAUGGCGGAUCCUGAAUUGUUGCUGAGCUGUGGAAAAGAUGCUAAGAUUCUCUGUUCCAACCCAAACACAGGAGAGGUGUUAUAUGAACUUCCCACCAACACACAGUGGUGCUUUGAUAUUCAGUGGUGUCCCAGAAAUCCUGCUGUCUUAUCAGCUGCUUCCUUCGAUGGGCGUAUCAGUGUUUAUUCUAUCAUGGGAGGGAGUGCAGAUGGUUUAAGGCAGAAACAAGUUGACAAGCUUUCAUCGUCUUUUGGGAAUCUUGAUCCGUUUGGCACAGGACAGCCCCUUCCUCCGUUACAAAUUCCUCAGCAGACUGCUCAGCAUCGUAUAGUGUUGCCUCUGAAGAAGCCACCCAAGUGGGUCCGAAGACCUGUUGGGGCUUCCUUUUCAUUUGGAGGCAAACUGGUUACCUUUGCGAGUGUCAGAACACAGCCUCAGCAGGGAGCUGAGCAGCAGCUGCAGCAGCACCACGUGCGCAUCAGUCAGGUCGUAACAGAAGAGGAAUUCCUUAGCCGGUCAGCCCAACUUCAGCAGGUCGUGCAGUCACAAGGAUUUGUCAGUUAUUGUCAGAAGAAGAUUGAUGCUUCUCAGACUGAGUUUGAGAAAAAUGUGUGGUCCUUUUUGAAGGUAAACUUUGAGGAUGAUUCUCGUGGAAAAUACCUUGAACUUCUAGGAUAUAGAAAAGAAGACCUAGGAAAGAAGAUUGCUUCGGCCUUGAACAAAGUGGAUGGACCUGAUGUGGCUCUUAAAGACUCUGACCAAGUAGCACAGAGUGAUGGGGAGGAGAGCCCUGCUGCUGAAGAGCAGCUCUUGGGAGAGCGCAUUAAAGAGGAAAAACAAGAAUCUGAAUUUCUACCAUCAGCUGGAGGAACAUUUAACAUCUCCAUCAGUGGGGAUAUUGAUGGUUUAAUUACUCAGGCUUUGCUGACGGGUAACUUUGAGAGUGCUGUUGACCUUUGUUUACAUGAUAACCGCAUGGCUGAUGCCAUUAUAUUGGCCAUAGCAGGUGGACAAGAACUCUUGGCUCGAACCCAGAAAAAGUACUUUGCAAAAUCCCAAAGCAAAAUUACCAGGCUAAUUACUGCAGUAGUGAUGAAGAACUGGAAAGAGAUUGUCGAGUCUUGUGAUCUUAAAAAUUGGAGAGAGGCUUUAGCUGCAGUAUUGACUUAUGCUAAACCAGAUGAAUUUUCUGCCCUUUGUGAUCUUUUGGGAACCAGGCUUGAAAGUGAAGGUGAUAGCCUCCUGCAGACUCAGGCAUGUCUCUGCUAUAUUUGUGCAGGGAAUGUAGAGAAACUAGUUGCAUGUUGGACUAAAGCUCAAGAUGGAAGCAAUCCUUUGUCCCUUCAGGAUCUGAUUGAGAAAGUUGUCAUCCUGCGAAAAGCUGUACAACUCACCCAAGCCAUGGACACUAAUACUGUAGGAGUUCUUUUGGCUGAGAAGAUGAGUCAGUAUGCCAAUUUGUUGGCAGCCCAGGGCAGUAUUGCUGCAGCCCUGGCUUUUCUUCCUGAUAACACCAACCAGCCAAAUAUUGUGCAGCUUCGUGACAGACUUUGUAGAGCACAAGGAAAUCCAGCAGGACAACAGGAGUCACCUAAAAUUCCUUAUGAGAGGCAGCAGCUGCCCAAGGGCAGACCUGGACCAGUUGCUGGCCACACACAGAUGCCAAGAGUUCCAGCUCAACAAUAUUAUCCCCAUGUUAGAAUUGCCCCCACUGUCACUACCUGGAGUAACAAAACUCCUACCGCCCUUCCCAGCCAUCCACCUGCAGCCUCUCCCUCUGAUACACAGGGAGAAAAUCCUCCACCUCCAGGCUUCAUAAUGCAUGGGAAUGUUAAUCCAAAUGUUGCCACAGCUCAGCUUCCCACAUCUCCCGGUCAUAUGCACACCCAGGUACCACCUUAUCCACAGCCACAGCCUUAUCAACCAGCCCAGCAGUAUUCCUUCGGAACAGGGGGGUCAGCAGUGUAUCGACCUCAGCAACCUGUUGCUCCUUCUGCUUCAAACGCUUACCCUAACACCCCGUACAUAUCUUCUGCUUCUUCCUAUUCUGGGCAGUCUCAACUAUACACAGCACAGCACCAGGCCUCUCCACCUACCUCCAGCUCCACUGCCUCUUUCCCUCCUCCUCCUUCCUCUGGAGCAUCCUUCCAGCAUGGCGGACCAGGAGCUCCACCGUCAUCUUCAGCUUAUGCGCUGGCUCCUGGAGCAACAGGUACACUGCCUGCUGCCGGCGAGCUGCCUGCAUCCCAGAGAACAGAAAAUCAGUCUAUGCAAGACCAGGCAUCUAUGUUGGAAGGUUCUCAGAAUGGUUGGAAUGAUCCUCCAGCUUUGAACAGAGUACCCAAGAAGAAGAAGAUGCCUGAGAACUUUACACCUCCUGUUCCCAUCACAUCACCAAUCAUGAACCCCUUGGGUGACCACCAGUCACAGAUGCUGCAGCAACAACCUUCAGCUCCAGUACCACUAUCAAGCCAAGCUUCAUUCCCACAGCCACACCUUCCAGGUGGCCAGCCCUUCCAUGGCAUACAGCAACCCCUCAGUCAACCAGGCAUGCCUCCGCCUUUUUCAAAGCCCAAUAUUGAAGGUGCCCCUGGAGCUCCUAUUGGAAAUACCAUGCAGCAUGUGCAGUCUUUGCCAACAGAAAAAAUUACCAAGAAACCUAUUCCAGAUGAACACCUCAUUCUAAAGACCACAUUUGAGGAUCUUAUUCAGCGCUGCCUCUCUUCAGCCACAGAUCCUCAAACCAAGAGGAAGCUAGAUGAUGCCAGCAAACGUUUGGAGUUUCUGUAUGAUAAACUUAGGGAACAGACACUUUCACCAACAAUCAUCAAUGGUUUACACAACAUCGCAAGGAGCAUUGAGACUCGAAACUACUCAGAAGGAUUGACCAUCCAUACCCACAUAGUUAGCACCAGCAACUUCAGUGAGACCUCUGCUUUUAUGCCAGUUCUCAAAGUUGUUCUCACCCAGGCCAAUAAGCUGGGUGUCUAAAGGAUGGCUUCACUCUCAGCCACUAUUGCCAUUUUUCCAAAGAAACAUGUUUUAAAAAAUGAUAAGAUGUGGACCAGUCCUCAUUAGCAUGUUUCCAUAGCAGCCAGUCAAGAACAUUUACAUUGUUUCUGCAGAUAUACUCACCUUAGACCUGCUCAAAGCCCUGGUGCUUUCUUUUGUUUUAAUCUUUUAUUGCCUGUGAUGAUUUUCCUAUUCUGCAAAUAAUGUAUUUCCUGGAUUACACAUAGUAUGCUUUCCUGAAGUAUUCUGAUAAAAUAUGGUUUUUGAAACCUCAGGUUUACUUUUUGGAAAAGGAGCCUUUGGUUAUGUGUAAAGCAGAGCUGAAACUAAAUUUCUUUCACGUCCUCCCUACUUCCUCCAUGUCAAUCAGAUUAAAGUGUGUAAUCUUA